CAGCUAUUAAAUGCUUCAUAUUCUUAUAAAAAAAAGCUAUUAAAUGCUUCUAUCGGCCACACUUGGCAGUUUCUAUGUCUAUUUUAUCUGACACACACAUACACGUCUCGAUUCUACCGCCAUUUAUUAAUCCCUGCGUGCAUUCACAGACUCACACACACACACUCUCUCUCUCUCUCUCUCUCUGUUAAAAGAAGCACAAAACGACAACUACCUCUAAAAUCCUUAGAUACAUGGCAGCGACAACUACAACAACAUCAACAUCAACUUCUUCUCUCAAACCUCAAAAUCUAAAAAACCAACCCACCAAGCCCAAACGACGCAAGUGUCGCGAAACGACCAUCUCUACUAACGCUUCUCCCAAUCACAACGACUCUUCUUCUUCUUCUUCUUCCAAAACCCGAACCCACCAACCCGAACCCGAUUCUCAAUUACCCGAAUCACCUUCAACUUACACCGUUCGUUACUCUCCCGGUAGAUUUUCCCCAAUCAUGGACUUCACACACUCCUCUUCACCAAUUUCAAACGGGCAUUCGGGUCAGGACCCGUUUCCAUCAAGUUUCUCCAAAUUCAAUUCUGCACUCACCGCCGGUCUUCUCAAUCCAAUGUCGCCUCCGCCGGACAAAUCCCGAUCGAGUCCAACUCUCUUCGAAAUGAUGGUUAACGAACCCGAUAUUCAACAAAGAACAAAUCAGAUCCCAAUCAACAACAACAACAACAUUUCAACUUCUUCGGUUCAAAAACCCCAAAUUAUAGUGCAAGAUCGAGAAACCCUAAUGAUGCAUCGAAUUUCUGAAUUGUUAGCUUCUCGUAGUCCUGGUAACCACUUCAACGAUCCAUCUUCGAGUGAUAUUAAGCUUACACUGAGUUCCAAAGAUGGAUUCAGUGUUUCCAUGAAUGUUCAUCGUCAGAUUCUUGUUGCACAUAGUAGAUUCUUCUCCGUCAAGCUCUCUGAUCGGUGGACUCAGCAGCAGCAACGAACGGCGUUGCCUUAUCUUGUUGAGAUUGCUGAUUGUGAUGAUGUUGAGAUUUAUGUGGAGACCUUGAGGUUGAUGUAUUGUAAGGAUCUUAGGAAGAAGCUUAUGAGAGAGGAUGUUUCUAGAGUUUUGGGUAUCUUAAAGGUUUCGGCUGCAAUUGGAUUUGAUGCUGGAGUUUUAUCUUGUUUGGAAUACUUGGAAGCGGCACCAUGGGCGGAGGAUGAAGAAGAGAAGGUGGCAUCGCUUUUGUCUGAACUUCGUCUUGAAGCUGUUGGAGCUGGGGAGGUUUUGAAGAGGGUUUCCACUGAAGUUGCCAAUGGAAAUGAAGAUGGGAAUGAUAAUGAAGAAGUCCUGCUUAAACUUAUUCGUGUGGUUCUUGAAGGCAAAGAUGAAAAGGCCAGGCGAGAGAUGAAAGGGUUGGUUUCAAAGAUGCUCCAUGAAAACUCUUCCCAGAAUGAUCUUCGAAAGGAGUCAUUAUAUUCGGCAUGUGAUGACUGUAUGCAGUUACUUCGUCACCACUUUUUGCGGGCUGCGUCUUCGGACCUUCAGAAUGUGAGUCAAAUUGCACGUCAAGCAGAUAAUUUGCAUUGGAUUUUGGAUAUUUUGAUUGAUAGACAGAUUGCUGAGGAUUUCCUGAAAACAUGGGCAUCUGAAUCAGAAUUAUCUGAAGAACAUUCUAAGGUGCCUGCAGUUCACAGGUUUGAGGUUAGCCGAGUUACCGCUAGAUUGUUUGUUGGGAUUGGGAAGGGACAAUUGUUGGCUUCUAAAGACGCCAGGUGUUUACUUCUAAAAACAUGGCUGGUACCGUUUUAUGAUGAUUUUGGUUGGAUGAGGAGGGCAUCGAAGGGCCUUGAUAGGCAUCUAAUCGAGGAUGGUCUUAGUAACACUAUUCUCACUCUACCACUCUCCUGGCAACAGGAAAUUUUGCUUGCUUGGUUUAAUCGUUUCUUGAAUUCCGGUGAAGAUUGCCCAAAUAUUCAAAGAGGGUUUGAAGUUUGGUGGAGAAGGGCUUUCUGGAAGAGGAAUGGAGAACAAGACCGGACAAGACAAUUACGAAUUACGACUGCAUCAAUUGAGCACCCUUGAAGAUGAUAUUGUUCCAGGGAGGAGGAAAUGGCAGCACUAUAUAUUCGGUAUACCACGCCUUAGUUUUAUGUGAUAACUAAGUUCCACUAAUCUUUACACCUAUUGUCCUAUUCAGGCUUUUGAUUAAGCAUAUAUUCCUUUAUAACACUAUGGAGCAUUGAGCUUACAUUUGUCGGGUCCUGCUAGAUAAAUUUAUUCAGAGUGUGUUUUCUUCCAGAAAAUAUCUUAGUUGGUGCCAAACUAAUUUGUUUUAGCAAUCUAUGUUACCUUGGAAAAAGAAAUCAAUCCUAGUGUUUGUCUUCCUGUCAGUAGUUUCAUUGAUGAAAGAAAUAUAAGUUUCCAACCAUUUAUUGUUAACUACUGGACCAAGAGCUAAGCUAAUUGAAUAGUUUGAAGGUAUUGUACCUUCAAUUGGCAGAGCUACGAUGAGUCACCACAAUUUCAGAAAAAAAACUAUAUUUUGAAGCUUAACAAAGUUACAAUGCUACCAUGAUUUUGCUAAGCUCAACCAAUUCAACCACUAUCUCUAAUUGUUUUUAUAAGAGACAGUUAAGUCAACAAAAAUUUAUGUACAUAUUAUAGAUUAAAUACAUAAAUUUUUGUUGACGUAAUUGUUUCUUAUUAAAAAGACUAAAGAGAGUAUACACUAAGAUGUGCUGAAUUUUAUCUAAUUCUAUAGCCCGUGACAGGUCAAGUUUUAUCUAAUUCUAUUGCCCGUGAUAGGUCAAGUUCAUUGAUUGAGUUAAUAGCAGGUUCAUUUCGAGGCUAAUUUGUUUUUUUUGGUAGUGCAUCAAAUCAAAUGGAAGGCAUUACUAUUUUUGUAGCAAGUCAAUUUAUGUUGAUUAUUUUUGGAAUGGGAUUGAAUUUAUUGAAUAGGUUAUGAUAUGAAUAACUUUGAUGAA